UUUGAUAGAACGACAGGGAGAGAAACGACGCCCCAGGCUACCUCCAGCACCCAACAAAGUCCCCUCCAGACGCAGUGUCGGUCAUUAGGAACCCACACCGGACAGAGGACGACACGGUAAACAUGGCUCGCCUAACGUACAGUCUCACCGUUCUAGCUGGACUUUUCUGCCAUGUUCUCUCACAAGGAACUAACAACUUUCGAAUUCUUGCCCCUGGAAAUCCAAUGGCAGCCGCUUUCAAAUCGAAUCAAGCAUUUCAGCCACCCGCACCGUGGAAUAUGCAUCGUUUUCCACAACAACAACCAAAUCGGUUUACCGGUUUUCAACAGCAACAGCAACCAAGACAACCACCCACUAAACAGGGCUUUCAGCCACCACAAAAUCAACAUCCUCAACAGCAACAGCAGCAACAUCAACAACCGAAAAUUCACGCACCGACCCAGCCUAGUCGUCCUAAAGGACCCGCCAGCACCAAGGCAGCUGUACCCACAGCUGGUCCGCCGCCCCCAGCUGCCGGCGCCAUGGGAGGUCUCCAGGCUCCAAGGAUGCCAUCGAUGGUCAUGCAGUUCAUGGGCAUGAGUUUACACGAUAUCUGCGCUGCCUUGACACUGAAGGGAACGGGAGCUCAAUCUGAUGCUUUGGACACGAUCGUGAAGAACAGAUUCCCCAAUGCAUCUAUCGUAAGCGGGUUCAGGAAUAGAAGUAAUCCAAUGGAAUACAAGCAGAUGUUCGGGUCGGGUCCUUGGGCCUGUGCCUUUAAUUUCUAUGCAGACCGGAGUCCAAUGGAAGUCGCCGGAGCAUUCUCUGAUCUCGUUGAUGGUGCCGGCUGUAAUAUUGCUUGUGAUCCUCUUCGGGGACCUCGUAAGAUUGGCAUGAUGGGCAUGUUUGCAGCGAUGAACGGCGGGGUGAAUCCUAUGGGACCAAUGGCAAAUCCUCUGGCUGCUCUAGGAAACAUGAUGGGUGGUAUGGGAAACCCGAUGGGCGGUAUGGGCAACCCGAUGGGUGGUAUGGGCGGUAUGGGCAACCCGAUGGGUGGUAUGGGCAACCCGAUGGGCGGAAUGGGAAAUCCGAUGGGUGGAAUGGGAAAUCCCAUGAAUGGCAUGGGGAACCCAAUGAAUGGCAUGGGGAACCCAAUGGGUGGUAUGGGAAAUCCUAACAACGGUAUGGGAAAUCCUAACAACGGUAUGGGAAAUCCUAACAACGGUAUGGGAAAUCCUAACAAAGCUGGGAACAAUAUGCAAAAUGUUAUGGGAAGUAUUGUAAACCUACUGCAAAAUCCCGUGGGAGGUCAGAAACCGAGCGGUAUGGGAAAUGGAAGACCACAAGGCAACGGGCCCAACGGCGGGCAUCUCUAUGUCCCUCCCUCUCCACAACCUCCAAGGGGAAACAGAUGGGGAUCCCCCGCUUCCCCCCCAGCUAGAGCCCCGAUGCCAUUCCCCGAUCCCAGCACACAGAACGCUGCCCCGUGGGGAAAGGAUCCCUUCCAGAUUACACCGCCCCAGCAUCAGCCACAACAGCCACAGCAACAUCAAUCACAACAACCACAACCACAACCUCCAUCCCAGCCACAGCCAACACAGUUGCCAUUCAACCAACAGAUCUCCCAAAUGCCAACUCAACAUAAUCAUUUCCCCAACCAGCCUCAGAACCAAGGUCCAUCACCUUACCCACAGCCUCCAAAUCCCCAGCCUCAGCCUCAGCCUCCCCAACAGCAACACCCACAGCAACCAUCACAGAAACAAGGACUCAGAGCCAAUAUGGCUAACAUGCCACAAAGCCAGGAUCCCGAAAUAGCCCCCCAUCUCGCCGAAGCACUUCUAAGAAUGCCAGCACCACAGAGAACCCAGUUCGUGAACGACGCCAUAUCGGCCUUCUUCAGAACGCUCGGAAUACAGCUGCCAAACCCCCAACAGCAACCCAUGGCUCAAAGAGGUUGGUGAUACUACGGUUUACACUAAUCAUUCACUUGGGUCAAUCGGUCAGUGCCGCCGGAAGACUUGAAGUCCACGGCAAUGACAGCACAGUGAUACGUAGCAGUGAUGGGUCGACAUCACGCUACAGACGUUAUAUGAAAGCCAGAUGACUGAAUGUGUGUACGCUCUCUAGUUGUAAUAAAGAACUCAAUAGAUA